AUGGCUGCUCGUGCUAUGCCUUACACCGGAGGCGAUAUAAAAAAAUCUAGCGAACUCGGAAGGAUGUUCGACAUCUCCGUCCCUGAUCCCACCUCUUUCCAAGGACCAGCGUCGAUUUCUGGAUCUGUUCGAUCCGGAUCCCAAUCGGGUCCAAUUCGAAAAUCCUCACGUCCUCUCUCUCAGCUUCAACUCACCGGUUUAAUCACAUCUGAUCCGCUUAAUUCCUCCGGUUCAAGAAGCUCAUGUCAGAUUGAUCAUCAUCUUCUUCGUUCGAGUAAUUCAAGGUCGACCAAACCCAAAUACGGAUCCGCGGUUACGAUUCUGAAUCCAGAUCUGGUUCGGAUCCGGUUUAGAGUACCAAAGCCUGUGAUUUGGGCAGUGUUGAUAGUAGCUGCAAUGGGGUUACUGGUUGGUGUGUUUCUAUCUGUUGCGGAGAAGAAACCACUGGGUAUGGUGGUGAUUGCGGCAGCGAUAUUUUCGGCAGUUGUGGUUUUGUGUGGAAUUGUGUUUGGAGAAGAAGAGGAUUGUUGGGUUUCAUCAAUAAUUAUCCAAAUGCUGUGCUCAGAGGCGCCAUUGACUUAA